GCAUAUUUAUACAGACGACUGUCUAAAUGCUUUUACACGCGAUUGUAAUGCUUCAUUAUAUUACCGUUAUGUUACGUUAAGAACAAAGUUAUAUUUGCUAAAGUGUAAAAUAUAUGGUUGGUAAAGAAUCUGUUUUUACAGUAAACAGUACACGGAAUAUCAAAAUUGCGUUAUGGAUGAAAAUCACCUACCAGAAUUAAAUCAAGAAACAACAAUGUCGAACGGUUCCAGCUAUUGCUGUUUGAAGGGAUUUAGUAUGGUUGCGGUGAUCGCAGUUGCUAUUUAUUUUGUAAGAAAAAAACUGACAAACAAGGAAGGGCUGCGUUCAAAGACUGUACAGAUUUUUAUACCCGUAAUUACACCAACGACUGACAAAUUUCGUUCAGCAAUCUCAUCUUUAUGCAAGGAAAUUUCAUACAAUUGUAAUUUUUGCUAUGAUAUUGGAGAAUUACUCAAGGAGGUUCCUCUUGUUGCUGUUUGCCCAAUAUCUUCACGGUUCGAACCGGACAUUGACUUUGCAAUACAUGGAAUUCGGACGAAACAAUUUGUUGUUCUUCUUCUCCACACUGGUUUAGAAAGUUCUCUACCUAGAUUGUCCACAGCUUCUAAACUAGCCCACAAGGAUAAGUACAAGAACAUUGAAUUCAUUGACAUUGCUUACAAUACGGAUGCAAAUUUAUAUCAAUGUGACAUGAAUGAAACUGCCAGGAGAAAGUUACACAAGUUUUUAUUCGAUUUUGCAGGAAACAAAUAAAGUUAUUCUUUUUUUUACUAGCAUGUCGAUAAUAUCGUUUAUAACUUAUGUAUCAAGUUUAUAAUUUGAAGAGAGAAAAACAUAAACAUAGACUUGUUUGAUUAUAAAACAUAUCAAUUAUUGUAAGUAUCGUAUUUUAUGUAAUUUUUAGCU